ACAUACGCUUGCUGUGCUCCGGUCACAGAGCAGACACACGAGAGGCCUGAGGCCACCUCCACCGAGGGCUUUGAAAGCCGCAGCCAAGGUCCUAUCGACUCCAAUCAGUGGACUCCAGACAAUUUUGCUCACUUCCCUGCAAAAGAAUUUUGUGAAACUAUGACAGACACACACACACACACACACACACACACACACACACACGCACACACAUUUUUAAGCUAGCAUCGGAAAUUGUUCAUAAGUUUAAAUAGUGGCAAAGAUGUGAUUUCUGGCUUACUGUGAAUAUUCACAAUUUAAAGCUACCCCUCCCUGCCUGUGCCUUGGGAAGCCUUCAUUUACCCCUAGCAGGGUGCCUGCCUACCAGGGUUUGAACGGCAGUCAUGAAGACCACGCAGCUUUUCAGAAGCCACUGAUGGGCCUGGUUCCACAGGAAGCUGGCGCCGUGUGCUGGGGCGUGGAACGKGCUAGUCCUUACAGAAGGUGGUGGCUUCUCGYUGCCAUCGGGGCUGACUCUGGCCUCAUGGAGUGGCGCUGUGUGAGCAGAYUGAGCCGUCUGGAGGACUAAGGAGAGCAGCCUCUACGCACGCAAAAGUAUCCUGUACCAUUGAGAUACUGGCAACAUCGUCCCCGGGGAAAAGGCCCCAACAUGCUCUUCACUGAGAACUCCAUAGAUGGCAUCUAUUUCCAAAAACGGCAUUGCAGCCCCCAGGGCAUGAGAUGGAAUUGCCAUGAACUGCCUUUGUGAGAUGGGCUGAGCAGCUCAGUGAUGGGAGUAGAGAACAUCAGGAGGAGAGCCCCUUCCUGCUCUGCCUUUGAGCCAAACUUUGUUUUCCUGAGAUUAAACCUGCUUUGGGAUGAACACAGUGAGAUUUUCACCAGCCCUCUCUUGUCAAAUCGUAACCUGUUUGCCUGAUUUCAACAGUGCUCUGGCCAACCACGAUGUCUUCACUUACCUGAAGUUUGGAUUUCUAGUUCAGCUGGGAAAUGGAAAGAACUGUAGUCUCUGUUCUGUGCGUGCUUUCCUUUAGACGAAAGCCGGUAGGCUCAAUCAUCUGUGCCUUGAGGAGCUUGACAGUAAGGCGUUAAAACAGCCUUGAGGACCUAAGAGCUGUAGAUACCAGGAGUCAAUGGUAGGUCCUUCCGGGACAGGACGCUUGAUCAGGAACGCCCUUGCACUUCUGCAGAGCAGGCACCGACCGCAGCAGAGAAUGAACAUGUGGGCAGAGGUAAUUUCAACUGUGGAGCUCUUUGUGGUUGCCAAAAUACAAGGCAGGAAAAUAAAGAGAACCCAUCAAUCUGUCACUAAGAAGAUUAAGAGGUACAAACUACUAUGUACAAAAUAAAUAAGCUGCAAGGAUAUACUGUACAGUACAGGCAAUGGAGCCAAUAUUUUAUAAUAACGAUAGGUGGAUUAUAACCUUUAAAAACUGUGAAUCACUAUGCUGUGCACCUUGAAACUUAUAUAAUACUGUACGUCAACUAUACCUCAGUAAAUCAAAACAACCAUGAAGAGACUGUUAAGGGAAAAACAAUCAACCAGAUUGCUUCAUCAUCACGUCCUAACCGAAUACAAGCACGUGGUUCCACCAAGAGGCCUAGUGUCCCGACCCACUGCCCGUAAGGUGAGGAAGCGGGAGCGGAGUUCCUUCCCUGAGAAAUGAAGGGAAUUCUGAGGCUCCCCACUCAGGACUGCAUGCCUGCCUCCUUGGCAGCACAAUUUCUAAGAAACUUAAAUACAAAUAUGAGCACUUAAGUUGAGAAUUUGGGGGAGUGAAGAAGGGCCAAUAAAUAGCAUACCUCUUCCCUGCCGGAGUUCUGAACCCCUUGAGAAAUACAAGAAAAUUCCCAGCAGAUGGGGAAGCAAAGCCUCUACACUGGUAAAGGCUGGUUUGUGAAUACAGCUAAUUCCCUAUACCCCACACAGUUAGACUCAGAACAACCCAUUGGAGGGAGUGGAAAGGGAAGGAGAAAGAGACCAAAUACUCCACACUGAGAACCUCUGACAAACUCCCCCUGGUGAGGAAACGUGGACCUCUGGACGCUGCUCACCAACAGUGUAUUUCACUGCAUCUCCAUGUGGCAUCUCUUUCCUCGAGGAAACCAGGGGAGACACACAGAGUCUGUGAUUGUGAGUGGUGUGGCAGCUGCGCUGACACUGCCUUAGAACAUCUAGGAAUUUGCAGAGGCGGCAGCCCCAGUUACUUAGGGCCCUUUUGACGUGCCUUUCUUCCAAAGUGCUGAAUUUAUGUUUAAAACCUCUUACUUGCCGUCCCUCCCUUCGGACCCCACGUGCCGGUAAUGCUGGCACUAAGGUGGGCAUGCGCAUUAGCUGGAGGAAGACAGCAUAUCCUCAGCCCCGUGCUGCCGCCACAUCAGGUCACUCAUCGACGCUGGAGAGUUGCACGGUGCUUCUCUCCAUUAGGUGGCAGAAGAGCUUUUGUAUUAGAAACUGGGGCCAAGAGGAGAAACAGGCCAGGGAGGAGGGAGAAGAAGGUGGAAAAGUGCCGUAGGCCCACCUUGGACUGUUGGCAGCCCCUCUGGGGUCAUGAUUAGAGGCAGAGACGACUGGAAUGAUUCAAGGGGAAUUGUGUGUAAUUCUGAGUACCCAGAGGGCUCUUGGGGGUCCUGUUUCCGGUUGCAGAGUGUGGCAGAAUGCUGCGGGGCAGGCCUUGUCCCACUGCCGCCUGCAGGCCAGCACCGAGCUAGCCCUCCGAGGCUUUGGCCCGGGCAGGGCUAUCCUCCAAAGGACGGCGGUGGAAAGGGGGUUUACUCUGAGCAAGCCUGUGGGCCGUGGAAGUGAAACCAAAGGAAGGCCCAGAGUGGCUGCAGGGGGAAGACUGGCUUUAUGAAUGUAGGCGAGACGUCGUUGGGGUCCUGCCUUACGAGGAUGCGGGGCACAGUGCAGGUUGGACAUCGGGCUGCACCUAGACCAGAACCGGGGAGAUGAAAGUAUUAGACAGAAGCCUGGGUCAGCUGAGUAGUAGCUUUCUCAAGCUUCCAUAACCCUCAGUCCCCACUUCGUUCAAUGAAGCUACUUUGAUGACUCAGAGUUUGCAGAUUAAAAAUGGAAUCCCUGAUGGCCCUGAUUAAGUCCCCUUGUAGACUCUCAGCUUUGGGGGCUGGGGGGCUUAGAAGCUCACCGAUCUCGGGCUCCACUGCCCACUCUGCACUCCUCUCUAGCAAGGCCUGAUGGCUUGAUUCAAACCCAAGCAAACCUGUGCAUUUCCUGCCUCUAAAAUCAGCCUGAGGCCCAUUCGCAUACUGGUGACGGCACAGUGGGCCCGCAAUUUCAGCAGAUCUGAGUUAAACGACAUUGUCAAGAUCUAGACUGUUUUUUUCUUUUUCUUUUUCUUUUUUUUUUUUUUUUGGCAAGGAAAACCUGAGUAAUUGAGUUUGGGCUUGGGUUCAGCUGUGUGACCUAGGGAAGGGCCUCCCCUCGGUGGGGUGGACCACAGGGACGGCCUCCUUCCCCACCUCUCCUCUAGGGCCAACGUAGCAGCUCCUCUAAGGACACUCCCUUCCUUCCAGCCAUCAGACAGUGCUUCCGAGGGCUCGGUCCCCGUGGUCCGGACAGGCGGGAAAGCCACCGGCCAGGCUGCGGGAAGCUGUGCCACCGGGUCCAGGCCACUCGGCGCUGCCGCUGCUUCCCUGAAGAUGGGCUUUCCUCCUCCUCGGGCUUCUCCCCGGUUUUCCGCUUCACGCGCUGAUCUGUGCCUCCCAGGUAACAAAACCACAUCUCUUCUCCGGGGCCGUUCCAGGCACGCGAGAAAAGAGCAGGAAGGAUGCACGAGCCGUACUCACGCGGGGCCGCUGCUCCGCGCUCCACUCGGGGCUAUGCUUUGGACCGUGGCGUGUGGUAAGAAACAAAUAGAAACCACUGCAACACCGAAGUAAUGAAAGACUGAUUCAAGUCUCAGUUAUUUUAAUUAUGUUUUAUUUACUUUUGUGUAUAGGUUUUAUCUGUUAUCGUGUGUUUGUUGUAUUAUUUCAUUAUACUUAAUGACAUUACAGUGCAUCCAUACUGUAGAAUGCGGCAGUURAAAGACUGAAGUAUGAUUCCCUUUGUCAUAAAGCAGAAACUAMCACACCAUUGUAAAGCAACUGUACUCCAAUAAAGAUGUUAAAAAAAAGAAAAAGAAAAAAAGAUUGACGUAAACCAGCUACGUGCUGACUGAAAACCUCUCCCGGACACAUUAUGCGGUGAAAACACUAAGGGCAGUCAGUUUAUAUGUGUAAUAUGAUCCCAUUUCAGCUUUUUUAAUGUGUGACUGUGGUGAAUGUUUAUAUACAUACACGUGUGAGUGUGGGAAUAUGUGCAUAUAUGCGUGCAGGUGUGUGUGAAUGUAUGCGCGCAGGUGGGUACUGUGUGUGUCCAUACACGUGUGCACUGUGUGUGUCCAUACACGUGUGCAGAUGUGUGCGUACAUGUGAUCGUGUUUAUGCUUGCGUGUGUAAGGUGUGUGCAUGMYUGUUYCUGUGUACACGUGUGGGAGUGUGUGUGUGUGCGUAUGCCCAUGCGUGUGAGUGUGUGCGUGAAGUGUUUGCGUUUGUAYGCACCGGACAAAGCAGGGAAGGAAGUGAGCCCCCCCGGCUGAGAGCGAUGCUCUCUGGGAGAGCAGGGGGAGAAAGUCACACUGACUUUCACUUCUCGCUUUUCAACCGUUUGGAUCAUGUGUCUUUGAAAGUCUUUGACUUUCAUCUUUGUGUUUUCAGUAUUUUCAAGGUUUAGGGCCCAAAUGAAACAAAGCAAUCCCCACAUGUCCGCAGCCCCGUCAUGGGAAAAAAGAGAGGAAGUGAUCAGCUGUGGCCAAGCCAGAGCCGAGGGUCCGAGUCCAAGGAAGAGAAACAAGAACCCGGAAAGGAUGGCCUCACUCAGACCGCUGGCAGAGCAGGGCACUUAGUGUGAUUUCCAGGCGGAGCUGGUGGCAGGGCUGGGAGCAGGGAAGGCGUCAUCCGGGGAAGACGUCGUGACCAUCGGCUCUGCGGUAACGAGUGGGCAAACGGCCCUCCAGGGACCCGUGCUGCUCAGAGACUCUAGGCGCCCAUUAGGUCAGUGAACACCCAAAGAAUAGUCAGUGUGACAUGCAAGGAAGGGACUGGAAAACUGGAAGCACAAACUCCGUCUGGGCCAAGCAAAACCAUCAGCAGAAUGGGUUUUCAGGUUUCAGUGAACACACUUCGAGUCUCACACUUUGGCCCCGGUCCAAAUGGUACCUAAGUGAGCUCCUGUCCUUGAGGUGACAACUCCAUUUCCACGAGGCGCUGAAAAUGAAGAGAACCCAUCUCAGUGACCUCAACAGGUCACUCCUGUUGAGUCUCGAUGUGUUAGAUCUCUAGACUCUUUAGCAAUCUUCUCCUCUCCUCUGCUGUGAGAAAGGGAUGCACAGGAAGGAAUCGAAGCCUAGGCAUAAGGCCUCCUACUUGUAUCUUUGGUCCUACCGGGGAAGAGAGAAGCAAACGUGUCCCCCAAAGUCUGGGAAGGUGCCGACUAUGUCCUAGUUCUGUCCUGCUUCCUCCCACCCUGGACGAUCAUGACCUCAGCAUCCCCAAUACGUCAAAGGUUCCCUGCCUUCACUUAACCAUUAACUCAAGCAUACGUGUUGGGCGCCUACUCAACGUCUGACUCUGCCCUAACUGCAGAGGAUGCAGAAAUGAGCAACAGACUUUUAGUCAACAGAUCUUCACCAAUAAUACUAAUAUGUACCAGCCACUGUUUGAGAGCCUAAAUAAGAAAUCAUUCUUGCCAUCAGGGAGCCCACAGGCUUUUGGGGUAGCCAGAGAGAGAAUCCGCCUGACUCAGCCCAGGGCUCAGAAGAGGUGUCUAGAGCAGGGUGACACGUAAGCGACUCAGCGGAGCUGAAACAGGGGAGGCUGCAGGAACCCUGGGAGUUUGGUGGGGAGGGGCGGUGGCGAGGGAGGGACAACAUAGCCAACGCACAGAGUCAAAGUGUCUUUAAGACCAACUCGCCGGACCUUCCAUCCCACGGGAAUUCCCCACGGCGUCAAUGACCCCGCCGGCCCGGCCUCUGUUCCAACCUAAGUAACAUCACGCUCAGCACCCAACCCCUACCCUGAGGCCGCUCUUCAAAACGUAGUCAGAAGGAGGACUUUCGUUAGGGUCUGUUAAAGACAACUUCACUCAUCUCGGCUCGUUUCUGUAAUAACUCAACAGGUGAACUAAAGUGACGUCACCAUCAGAGCGAGCACUCCGCCGCUCUCACUGAACAGAAGGCAGAAUUCAAAAGGCUCACAGAAUGGGGACAAUGGCCAUCUGUGGAGAGGGCUCCAGGGUCUCCCAUGACUUAGAGAAUUGCUAGAAAGCUGCCUUUUCCGGCCCAGGAGCUCGACAGAGGAGAACGCAGGAUGGCCCCACUGCAGAAGCAGCACACCUUGAGCUCUGAAUUCAUUGUCUUGGGCUUUGGGGACCUGGCUGAAUUACAAAUCUCCCUGUUUGGACUGUUUCUAAUCAUGCAUCUUGUCACCCUAGCAGGGCACACGACUCUUGCGCUCAUCACCCUCUUUGACUCCGCGUAUUUCCUCCUUCGCAACCUGUCCACCAUUGAAAUCGGCUAUAUAUGGGCCAUCGUCCCCAGCAUGCUGGCCAGUUUCCUGUCCGGGAGCCAGCGGAUGCCCUUCCUGGGCUGAGCCCUGCAAAUGCAUCUCUUCAGCGCCCUGGGCAGGGCAGAGUGUUUCCUCGUGGCUGCGAUGGCCUACGACCGCUUUGUGGCCGUCUGCAAGCCCCUGCAUUACACAGUCAUCAUAGCCAGGACCCUGUGUCUGCAGAUGCUGGCUCUGGCGUGAGUCAGCGGACUUGCGCUCUCCUUCACCCUCCCCACACUGAUAUCCCUCUUCCCCUUUGGUCAGUCUCAUGAGAUCAGUCAUUUCCUCUGUGACAUCCCCGCUGUGCUACUCCUGGCCUGCGCGGACACGCGGGCCAGUGAGGUCGCGGUCUUCCGCGUCUGCCUGCUCAUCCUGUUGGUUCCCUUCCUGCUGACCCUGCUCUCCUGCGGGUUCAUUAUCGCUGCCGUCCUCAGAAUCCACGUGGCUGAGGGCAGGAGCAAGGCCUUCUCCGCCUGUGCUGGGCACCUGCUGGUCUCCCUUCUGCACUACGGCUGCACGAUAUUCAUCUACAUUCGCCCCAAGUCAUGCUACGCCCCAGAACAGGACAAAACUGUGUCCUUAAUCUACACCAGUGUCACUCCCGUGCUCCACCCUAUGAUCUAUAGUCUGAGGAGCAAGGAAGUCGAGGGGGCCCUCAAGAGACUCCUGGAGAGCCACGAGCAGACGAGGCCGGCGGUCCAAUGCAAGGGGAGGGGGAAGAGGGGCUCCACGUGCCAGAGCCCAGUCGGUCAUGUCCGUGCAGCCCUCGCAGCCCCACGCCUCCUCCUGAGGGCUGUGCUGUGGUUCUGCGGGCGCCUGGACCUUACCGGUAACCCCCUUUCCCGCCGUCACACGUGGAACAAACCCUGACGCUUUCCGAGAUGGAGCAGCUCUGGGGGGGUCAGUGAACGUUUCACGGCCCCUUCACGGACGAUGACACCCAGACCCUGGAGCACCGUCAGACACUUCUCCGGCCAAAGAGCUAGAAGUACAAGGAGCGAGCUCCCAAGUCCAAAUGAGGUAAAGGCAAGGGGGCAAAGGCAGAGCCAGCCCAGGGGCUGUACCCCACUCCACCCUCCUCCUGCGCGCCCUCCUCUCCGCCGCGUUUCCCGACCUACCCCGCUUCCAGCCUCUGGGCCAGCUGGCCCCUCCUCAUGGUGCCAUGGGUUCAAGGGCCGCUCACUCCUGGCGGCCUUGGGGAGUGCCCGUGCGCUCACUCAUUACCUAGGGCUGAAGUGCUUUGCUCUCUCCCUGACUGGCCGAGAGGCUCCUUGAAGGCAAGAACUGUGAUUAACCUGCCGCCCCGGCACCGCGCACAUAACAGGUGUUCAAUCAGCACUAAUUGGACGCUGA